CACAUGAGAUGGGGCUGCUUCUGUGUCACGUGAGGCGCCGCCUCUCAAACAUGGCUCCAACAAGCUCAGAACAAAACACAAUCGGAUGACUGGUUGCGUGUCGCGUGUCCGCAGACAUGCACCGGUGGGUCUCUGGAGAUGGGAGGGGAAACGUUUCGGUCCGCCGUUCGGCUCGCUUGCAAAAUAGGAAACAAACUCAUCCGGUGUGAAAGAGAGGAGCGACGGUUAGCUUAAUUUAACGCCGACUACUAGGCUAGCUCAGCUGUCAACCGCUGUGACGAAAAGUAUCUUGUAGACAUUGGGAAUUUCAAAGAUUGCCUCCUAACUGGAGGAUUUCGAAGUCUCUCUCAUGGAAGUUUGAAUCUUCUAGCCGCCAAGACGUGAAAGGAGUGUGGACCUCCAACCAGCCAUCUAAAGACUUGCAAUGGAUUGGCUAAUGGAUGCGGUUGAACAAGACCUGGGGGUUGAACACCGGCAGCAAGGGCCAGGUCGCCGCCCUGGAGAACUCGUUGCUCUUGUUUCUGUGCGCUGGUUGAUGGGCUUGAGGGAGAGAAGGGUUCUGCGCUGUGCCCGCUUUGAAAGCAGCAGUGCAGCCGAAAUUUCCACAUACCUCCAGUCUUCGCAGGCCAAAUUGCCGCCUGGCUGGACUCGAGUCUGCAUUCAGGGUGUGAGAAAAAGCAAGCUGAACUACAAACUUGCUAGAGAUGCGUGUCAUCAACAAAUGGAAGUGCCAUCACAGGAUUCUUACUCCAGAACGAUGCAGUGUGUGUCGCAGCAUAACGUCAGGAAUCUGUGGCGGGAAGUUCACUAUAAGCUUGUCCAGACAUAUGCAGGAGCCAGUGAGCAGUUGCACAUUUCAGCUGUGCAUGCUGUGCGUCAUGCACUGGAGAAGCUCUUCAAUUCUACAUUUAUUUCACCAGACAAAGUGUCCCCAUCUCUUUCUCCAUCAAAAGAGAGAGACAACCUCUUGCCAUCAUGUUCAUCUUGCUUUUCCAAGUCCCAGUCAGAGAAUUCCUGCCCUAAUGUACUGCCUGCCGAAGGUCUGCUGGAGACAGCGGAAAUGUUUUAUGUUAUUCUGCCCUACACUCAGUAUUCGCUUCAUGAUAUUGUCUCCUUCAGUCCCGCCAAGCUUGCUAACAGCCAUGCCAAAGUGUUGUUCAUCAUUUACCAAGUCCUAACUGCUCUGCAGGCUUGCCAUUCAUCCGGUCUGUCGUGUGGAGAGCUUUCUCUGCAUGACAUUGCAGUAGACGAUCAGCUAUGGUGCCGUCUCAAAGUCAACCUGGCACAUUACGAGGACCUGGGAGCAAAAGUGAAGGUAGACAGUGAUGCCACUUUUAAUCCACAGCCAAACAACCUUCUGCUAAAAGAACUUUCACAUGCGAGUCAAGGGAACAAGAGACUUUGCCAUGAUUGCUUUGGUGAGCUGAAGACGCUGGUUCUGGACUGGGUCCAUGGACAAGUGAGUAACUUCCACUACUUGAUGGAGUUGAACAGGCUUGCUGGACGGCGAGAAGGAGACCCUAACUAUCACCCUGUUCUGCCUUGGGUCGUGGAUUUUACUGUUCCAUUUGGAAAGUUUAGGGACCUGAGGAGGUCAAAGUUCCGACUCAACAAGGGAGAUAAGCAGCUGGACUUUACAUACGAGAUGACCAAAGAGGCGUUGGCAGCUGCAGGAGGUAAUGGGAUAAGUGGAGGUGGUGUCGGUGGAGACUUCAGUAUCUGUAGUGGUGCAGGAGGUGCUGGGCAGUCUGAACACCUCCAUGUACCCCACCACAUAUCGGAUGUGCUAUCAGACAUCACCUACUAUGUCUACAAAGCCCGACAGACGCCCAAGUCUGUCUUAUGCAGCCAUGUUAGAUCUCAGUGGGAGCCAAAUGAAUAUCCGGCCAGUAUGGAACGAAUGCAAAGCUGGACCCCUGAUGAGUGCAUUCCAGAAUUCUACACUGACCCUUCUAUCUUCCACUCGAUCCACCCAGACAUGCCAGACUUGGACGUACCUUCUUGGUGCAAGUCUUACGAAGAGUUCAUUGACGUCCACCGUCGCCUCUUGGAGAGCAGAGAAGUGUCACAGCAUUUGCACUAUUGGAUAGACCUCACAUUUGGCUAUAAACUUUCAGGGAAAGAAGCUGUCAAGGCCAAGAAUGUAUGCCUUCACCUGGUGGACAACCACACCAAUCUGACCACCUAUGGUGUAGUUCAACUGUUUGACCAGCCUCAUCCACCUCGCUUAUCUCCUACUCAGUAUGCCCCACCAGAGCCCCCUCUCCUUGGCCUUGCUGCUCUUGAUGUGCCUUCUCUAAACAUCACUGCGCUAAACACAGUGAGCGAUACUGUGGAUGGAAUGGUGCCAGAGUCCACUGGUUGCGAGUCCAGCACCUGGGCGAUGGCAGAUAGAGAUGAUGAGCUUGAACAAGGUACAGAGGCUUUAGACUCUCUGACCUCCGCUGGUUCAUCCAAUUCUGUGUCUUCCCCUGUACCGCUCCCAUCUGUGAAUACGGCAGGAGGAAAGGGCAGUGUGGAGCAUACGGUCCUAAUCACUCAGUCUCCAAGUUCAUUCAGUGGAGAUUUAACAAGUGGCUUGGGUCCUGUUUUACGAAGUUCAGUGUUACAAAGAGGUUGGUCAACGAACAAAAGGCAAGCAGAAACCAUGACCAAUCCAGAGGAAACUAAAAUUACCCUUCCUGAAGGCUUCAACCCAUUGCAGCCUUUAGAAGAGCUGGAGAAGUUGAAUAAUUUCUUGGUGAAAAAUGUUCACGCUAAUGUAUGUCAACUUGCAGCAACUGGUGGCUCACCGAGGAAAGGCCUAACAACAGAAUCCCGACCUUCUCUCACACAGCUUUACCAAAGAGAUAUGCAAGCCUUGGGUGUAGUUAUCGCAGAGAUAUUCUAUUCGGCUAAACUCAGAAGACUUAAACCAGGCUCUCCCCUCAGACAGCGUUUCCAAGCUAUUAUGAGGCUUUGUUCCGCCAGCCUCCGUGAUGUUCCACUGCCCUUGCAGCAUGCUCUUGAGACACUGUUGUUGAUCGACAGGCACUCCAGAGUAGUACAGAGGGAAGAACAAGAUUGCUCAAAUCCACUCCUUUUCAGGUACGACCCCAUCUGUGAUGGUCUCCCUCCUCCAAGCCCUCAACAGUUAUUGAACACCUUCAUCACUCCUUUUCCCUUUCCCUCCUAUUUUUCGGCUCUUCAUCACUUUAUCUUUUCUUACCAUACUAAGAUGGAUACCGUCUGUAGCCUUCAAGGAAGGGAUGUUGUCUUUCAUCUGUGGCAGCAGCUUGAGGCACUCUUGCGAAGUGACAUCACCGCAGAGGGGCUUGAGAUCCUCUUGCCUUUCAUUCUGGCUCUCAUGCAUGAAGAAUCCACUGCUGUUUAUGCGGCUUGGUAUCUUUUUGAGCCAAUUUCUAAAGUACUGGGUCCCAGAAAUGCCAACAAGUACUUGGUAAAGCCUCUGGUGAACGUUUAUGAAAACCCUCACUGCCUCAGGGGUCGAUUUUAUCUCUACACCGACUGUUUUGUUGUGCAACUGAUUGUGAGGCUUGGUCUGCAGGCCUUUCUUUCCAGCCUCCUUCCUCAUGUAUUUCAGGUCCUUUCUGGCUUCGAAAGCUCUAUGUCCAUGACUGGUGGUGAAGCUUGUAAAGAGCUCAGGCGUGGUGGGUGUAAUUUAGAAGAAGAAGAGGACUAUCAGUGCGGUGAGGGGCUGUCACCUAGGAACGUUGGUGGGAGUGCGACCAGCGGGGGUGUUGGUGGGAUGGGAGACCCUGGGCUAGUUGACUACUCCUCUGGUAUUAGCCUCAGUGAGCAGGUGUUUCUGUCAGAGGCAGAAGACUUUCAGAAUGAGUUUUACGACAAUAAUGGAGCUGGAGGGAAACAGCAAAGCCAGAACUCUGCAUCCAAAGAUCAGGACCAGGAGUCUUUGAGUCUGGGGAAGUUAAGUGACAAAAGCAGCACAAGCGAGCUGUCCUUGGGCGAUGACUCGAUGCGAGAUCGAGCCAGUCUGAAAUCAGCUGACAGCAGCCAGGACUUAAAACACGCUAGCGAGGGAGAGGAGGGAGGAGAAAUAGAGGAAGAAGAGGUGACUAAAAUGACUAAAUAUGGAGCAGAGGACAUGGCUCAUUCAAACCUUGAGCAGUCUGGGUGUGCUGAAGAAACGGCCACCGCAGUUGCAUCUGUAGAACGGCAGUUUAUGAACGGAUUGGCUCUAGAAGAAACGGAGAAAGGAAUUGAAGAAGAAGAGGAGGAGGAGGAGGAGGAUGACAGUAAUCCAUCAGAGGAUUCUAAGGAGAAAGAGCAGAAGAUUCUUUUAGAUAUAGUCUGCAAAACAGUCCGUUGGCUUUCAGCAAAACUCGGACCAACUGUGACAUCCCGAUACGUAGCCAGAAAUUUGCUGCGAUUGCUCACAAACUGUUACAUUGGACCCAAAAACCACCAGUUUGUGAUCUGCCCUUCAGAGGAAAGCCACCUGCAGGCUGUGGGAAUGGGCAGUGUGUAUGAGAAGAAACCUGUGGUUGGAGAUCAUACAGCUGGACCAGUUCUAGACUGUCUCAUCUACAUAGCUCAGCUUUACGGAGAGCCUGUGCUAACAUACCAGUACCUGCCUUAUAUAGGAUAUCUGGUAUCUUCGCCAUCCUCGCAGCGUCUCAACACGCGUAAAGAAGCAUGUCUGCUUGGAGCUGUGGCCCUUGCCCAGAAGAUCAUCGUCUUUCUGUCCGAUGCCACUCUGAUGGACAUGCUGAUGAAAAUCAAUCAGGAUGUGCUUCUGCCUCUUUUAGAUCUGCUAACCACGCCUAAAAUGGGGUUCCCAAGUGGUGUCCAGACACGCACUGCUCUCUGUCUCAAGACACUCAGCCUGAUGGCUCUAAUAUUCUUGCGCAUUGGGAGGGAGAUGGUGCAGCGGCACAUGGCUGACACUUUGCGCCGGUUCUUUGCCGUUUUCUCUUUGCUGGAUUCUCUACAACCCCAGCUGGAAUGUGCAUCUCACAGACUCGUGGGAGAUGUAGCAGUGGUUGAUGUCUGUACACCCGAAGGAUCAAAUGUAACGUAUGAGAUGGGUACCUUGGAGGAGUUGCAGACUGUUUUUAAUCCAGAGAUGGCACAUGCCUCUUAUAUCCCUUUCUACUGCCUGAUAGGUGACACAGCAAUUCGGAAGCUGGUUCCCAAUCAUGAACUUGUAUGGCAGAUGGCCCAGUCCUACCAACAGAGCGUGAGUCUUGGUAGUGCACAGAAGAACCUCAUCUCAGCACCCCUCUCUCCAACCUCCAGCUUUGGGAGACACGUGCCUUGUAGCUCGUUCCCUGCUCCUUCAAGUAGGUUCAAUUCCGAGGGAGACCUCCUUCCUGAAUCAGGCACAUUUGGGAGUCACCUGGUUGGAAACCGUAUCCAAGUGUCCCAUGACAUCGCCUACAGCAGCAGCAGCACCAACCCCAGCUUAGCCGCGGGACGCUCCAGCCAAAACACCUCUGUCAUCUCCAAUGCCUCUACCUUUGCUGCUUCAUCUAUGAGUGCAACUUGUUUUUCAUCGUGGUUGACAGGCCCCUCCCCGGAGGACAGCGCUCUAAAGCAGGAGCUCCCUCGAAGUAGCCGCUUGCUGCAGGGCAACUGGCUGGCCUACUGGCAGUAUGAGAUUGGUCUUAACCAACAAGAUUCCCAUUUUCACUUUUACCAGAUAAGACUGCAGAGUUUCUUGGGUCACUCAGGCACAGCCAAGUGUUUGGCCCCACUGGUGGGUGAAGAUUACUUCCUUUCUGGUAGCAAAGACAAAACCGUGAAGCUCUGGCCUCUUUACAACUAUGGGGAUGGGACAAAGGAAGUGGAGCCUAGGCUAACUUAUACUGAACAUCGAAAGUCGGUCUACUAUGUUGGACAGCUAGAGGCUUCACAGGAAGUUGUCAGCUGUGAUGGCACUAUUCACCUGUGGGACCAGUAUACAGGAAAGCAGAUCUGCUCGUACGACGCCCUGGAUGGAAAGAAUCCAAUCACAGCUGUCACCACCAUGCCAGCCCCCCAUUGCAGUGUUGUUUUUGGCAGUGCAGAUUCGGUUCUACGCUUCAUUGAUCCUCGCAAACGAGGACUGCAGCAUGAAUUUCGUCUGGCGUACAACAAUGUUAGUGCCGGGCUCAUUCGCUACCUGGCAGUGAGCCCAUCUGGACGCACAGUGGCUGCAGGUUUCUCAUCUGGCUAUAUUGUGAUGUUGGAUGCCCGCACUGGACUUGUACUGAAGGGCUGGCCCGCUCAUGAGGGGGACAUCCUUCAAAUGAAGGCCGCAGAGGGGAAUCUGGUGAUCAGCUCCUCCACUGAUUACACACUGGCUGUGUGGAAGGAUCUUGAGAACAAGCCUCUUCGCCAGUACAAGUCUCAGUCCGACCACAUCCACACCUUCGACCUCUACGGGUCACAGAUUGUAACCGGAACGGUCUCCAAUAAGAUCGGCAUGUACUCGAUGGCCGAUAUCUCCCUCAGUCCUGUGAGCAGCACAAAGCUGAGCUCGGAGAACUUCCGUGGCACUCUGACCAGUUUAGCUGUCCUACCCACAAAGAGGCUUCUGCUGCUCGGCUCUGAAAAUGGUGCCAUUAGGUUAUUAGCUUAAUUCACCAGCGCCCAACUGAACAACACUCUUUCCACUGGCCUCCAUGGUGUCUUAUCCACAGUUAGAAACUGUCGUCGAUCCCUUCUGUACUGGAAGUGGACUGUAGCGAUACAGCUUUCCUUUUAAUGAAGCAGCACAUAGAAACGAUGUAUAAACCCUCAGUGUACAGAAACCUGCCAGUUUGGCUCGCACUGAAUUUGAUGGACAGUAGAUUCCCCAACAGCUACCCAAGUUUCAUGCACACGGAAAUCGUCUGUUGAUAUUUGAUGUGAAAUUCCCAUCUUAACUUUGUCUUUGUUAAAGUGUUUAGCUAACAACAAGGAAGUGAAAGACAUGCUCAGGAAGGUCUUUUGUAGUGUUUACACUUUAGAUCCAUAACGAACCAAAAAGUCAUCAAGCUCACCUUCCAGUCCCUAGCCGAACAAGUGCAUCAAAACUCACAUGCACUGAGUAAACUAUGCAGUAUUUGUAGCUCGCCUCAUUUCUCUCAUUUGCUCCAUGUUUUAUUAAACCCGUUUUACAGUAGUUUGUAUAUAUAAUAUGAAUAAUAAACACACUUGUUAUAACAUUGUCAUUGUGCCUACCGGGAAGACAUUGAAGUCCAAACAAACGUUAAAAGCUGCACAGCCUUUAAUCUACUGCACAAGUAACAUUUAGACUUUCACUCAGAUUUGUCAGUGCUGAAUGUUUUUAAUCCAGUCUAAAAAUGACUUGUCAUUUCUUUUGCAUUUUGUAAUGCACAUGUAGAGGAGUUUAGUUGAGCCCUGUAGCAACAUUACACUGGGAGUGCAUCACGGCUGGUGCUGCUUUCACCGUUCAUGCCGGCUAGUUUUCAAUCACGGGACUACAAAAGCUCACAGAACAGUCAAUGCCAAGACGAACAACUUUUGUACUUUAUCCUAUAUAUUUCCUUGCAUACAAAUAUGCUUCAAAAAUUUCUAAAGAACCUAUAAAAUGAUAGUUUAAGCUGCUGUUUUUGUGUAACGCCAGUAAAGCUAUAAUAGAAAUAUUGUUAAGAAUCCUUUUUUUUUUAAGCUGAGUAGCAGACAAGUAUGAAAGCUCUGUGCUUUGUUAUGAUGUCAAGUUGUAAAACUGUUUUCCUACUUUUCAGAUUAUUUGCCUUAAAUUCAAAACGCUUUAAUAGUGUCCUGCACAUUAAAAAGUUUUGUGCUUUUCAUAAAUCUGAAGUGUGAACUCGACCACCAUUCCAGAAGUCAAUCUAAAGAGAAAAGAAAAAAAAAAUAAUUUGCUCAAUAAAAAUUUGCCACAGUA